GACUGUAGCAGGAAGAAGAGUAUAACUAAUCAGACCAGAAAGAUUUGUUUAGGGGAUGUUCCUUCUGGGAGUUUAUUAGCCUUCUGUGUUACUACUUCGACCAAACUUUUAUUUGGCUCUGGAUAUUUGAAUGACACUCUGAUGGAAGCCCAGGUUUUCUAUUGGAAUUAGCAUCUUCCUCCACCCUGGAAAAGUGACUAAAGUCCAAAAAUCCUCUGGGCAAAGGCGGGAAACAGAAACGGAAUAAAAAAGCAGAAAUGCAAGAAGAAAGUGAAGAUAAAAGUUCUUUAGGGGAGUUAACAGAAAGUCCACAACAAGAUCUGUCCAGUGAAAUUAUUCCAUACUCUGAAACAGAAAAUACAAGGACAGAAGGAACACCUACAGUUGUAUGUGAAGAUGGUAUUUGUCACACAAUCCAACACCCAAGAUGGUGGAUUCCAAGGAUUCGGAAAGAUGAUGAAUUCUUCCAUUUUGUCAUUAUUUGUUUUGCUGUUGGAAUGUUAUUAGUCUGCUAUUAUAAAUAUAAUGACUGGACAGUUUCCACUGGAAUUGGCUUGAUGACCUUCGCAGCCCUAGAAACAACAGGAAUAUAUUUUGGCCUUGUGCACCGCAUUCGAAGUAUCCUGGAAUCUUUCAUCCCCCUUAUUCAAAGAGUCAGAAUGCCUGGGUUCAAAAAGCUUAACUAAGCCCGAAAUCUCAAGAGCACUGAAAUUAUCUUGUUUGGUUUCAUGAUGGCAGGAACAAAUGUAACAAUGUGAAAACAAUAUAAAUGUCUGGACUAAAGAAUUGAGGUCCUAGGAGUGGAGCUGGUAAGAUGGGAUGAAGAGCUUGGGCCAUCCAAACACAGCACAGAUGUCAUCAACAGCUCCACAACAGCCCGAAGGGAAAUGGCUUUCAAGCUGUCCUUUACAAGGAAAGGGCUGGAGAAAUCAACUCAGGAUUUAAACCUUGGGACAUACAUAUGAUAUAGCUAGAAUUUCAGGCUCUUUAGAAGCUGUUUUUAUCAUUAUUAGAGAUGCUGGUACUGCAAUAAAGUUACUUAUCUAUCC